AUGAUCGGAAAAGGGUUCCGACCCACCUCGUCAAGCUUUGCCUCAUCUUCCUUUCCCUCCGGCGAACUCCCAUCCGGCUCUUCAAGAACCAUGUCGGGUCGCAAGGAAACAGUGCUGGACCUGGCAAGGCUGGUGGAUAAGGGGGUGUGCGUGAAGCUUAACGGGGGACGACAAGUGAUGGGCACUUUGAAGGGAUACGACCAGCUGAUUAAUCUCGUGUUGGACGAGGCGGUGGAGUAUGAACGAGAUCCAGAGGACCCCCUACGUCUGACUGAGCAGACACGACCACUAGGGCUCAUUGUGUGUAGAGGAACAGCGGUGAUGCUCAUAGCUCCAACGGAUGGCACAGAGGAAAUAGCCAAUCCUUUCUUGCAACAAGAAGCUUCUUGA